GGGUUCGAGCGGACUUCGGAUAUGGGCAGCCUGCCGGAGCUGGCGGAGCGCGCGCGGCCGGCGGCCCUGCGCUCCGCCGCGCGCACCACCUCAGAUCCCCACCGGCACCGCGCCCUGGCCGGUGCCGGCGCCCCACAGCUCCCCGUCCCCACUAUAUAUAAAAAAGAGUGGCCGUGGCGAAAGGCGAAGGCGCCAGCGCGGGGCUUGGCGCCGGGCGGUGGUGGGCGGCGGCGCGACUCCGCGGCGUCGUCGGUGGGCGCGGCGUCGGUACGGCGGCUAAUUGUGCGGCCGCCGGCCCCCGUGCCGCGCUCCGCCGUCGUACGCUUUACGCUGCUGUGCGCGGCGAGCGGGCUGUGCGCCGCCGCGUUGCUGCCCUUCACGGCAUUCGCGGGUGCGGAGGCGGGCGCGGCGCCGCUGGCCGUGAUGCACGCGGUGGCGGCGAUCGCGGCGCCCCUUGCUCCCUCGCUCGUGCAGCGCGCGGGACCGCGACUUGUGGUGACGGCGGCGCACGCGCUGGUCGCUGCAUUGGUAGGCGCGCAUGCGCUGGCGCUGCCACUGUGGGCGCUGCUCUCGCUGUACGCGCUUUGCGGCGCCGCGCUAUCGCCGUCUUCGCUUGCGUUGAGUGUGUCGGCGGCCGCGCUGUCGCAGACUGCGGGCGACGAGAACCGGCGUCGAGUCGUGUUGCGGCGGGCGCUGCGGGGGCUGCGCGCGGCACAGGACCUAGGCCUGGUGUUGGGCGCACUGCUACUCGGCGGCGCCUUGGCGCUGUGGCCGGAGGAGCCGACUACUGUCGCGCUCGCCGACAACGUCACGGCGACACGCUGGCCCUUGCUGGACGAUUAUUACAUCGAAGACGACUACGAGGAGCGCACGUGCGGAGCGGCGGGCUGCCCGCAGGUGCGCAUGGUAUCGGGCGGUGCGGGGCUGAACGCCGCAGGAAGGCGCGCGCUGGCCGCAUGCUGGGCGGCGAUGGCGCUAGCGGGCGCGGCGCUGGCGGCAGCGGGAGCCAGCACAAACGCCGCGCCGCCCGACGCCCGCGCCGCCAUAGCUGACCCUCGUGCAAUCUUCGCCGCACCCAUGGGGUUUUUCAUAGGACUUCAACAGGGUUUCAUUUAUACUUCAUAUAUGAGGUGGUACGGUGUGUGCGUGGGCGGCUGGGGAGGCGCGUGGCGUGCGCUGUGCGGCGCGGGCGCGCUGCAAGCUUUGGCGGCGGCCACGCUGAGCAUGGCCGCGGCGCGUGCGGGUGGUGCGGGGCGCGCCCUGGCGGCGGGCGGCGGCGCGGCGCACGGCUCGCUGCUGUUGGCGUUGCUGCGCUGGCGUGCCGCGCGCUCCGACCUGGCGCUGCCGGCAGUGGCCGCCGCCGCCUGGGGCGCGUGCGGGGCGCUCUGGGACGUCCUGCAGUGCGGGCUGUGUGUGGGCGGCAGCGGCUGGCGCGGGCCGUGGGCGCUCACGUUGGCGGCGCGGCACGCGGGGCUGGCAUUGGCGUGCGGCGCGCGGCGGCUGAUGUGCGUGCGCGCACAGCUGGCGGGCCUGGCGCUGUCGCUGGCCGCCGCGCUCGCUUCCCACGUCGCCCUCGACCUGCGUCAACGCCGCGCGGACGCUCGCCGCACCUAGCGCCGCCCCCGCUCCCGCUCCCCGGACGGAAACGUUUUUGUUCUACAAGUCAAUGCGUUCUCCGAAAUGACGGACGUUGUGGACGCCUUUGACGCCGAGGUGAAAGAAGUCAGUCCUAAAGUGCUCAAAGCGACCUCCGGCCGGGUCUACGCUGCACAGCCAGUCGGGCUAACGGGCGGAGGACGAGAUGUAAAUGACGUUUCAGACGAAGAAACGCAGCACGAUCGUCAAGAGAUACCCAAAUGUCGUGAAGCGAAAUUACAGUCUGCCUCGUUCCACGUCGGGGACGUAGCAAGUGUAGAGUGUGCCAGUGGUGGCGCAGGUGACGUUCUGUUGAAAAGUGAGAUUUGUUAGUUGUGCGAAGUGCGUCGCGGUGCGACCCGCAUGUAGACUCACACUCUUAGCAACCAAAAAAGAAAUCCCAAUGAUUUUUACGGUCACGUUUGUACACACGACAUGAUUUGAAGUCAUAUUCGAGCUUAUCUCAAAUUUUAACUGAAUCAAAUAUGAAUCACUUAUCAUUAAUAUUCGUACAACACCCACCGAAGCUGCGCAGUCGGCAGUUUCUGAUUGUGUCAAUGUUUUUUCACUAAUGUUUUUAAAGUGAGUGUUAUAUAAAUUUUUAUAAACAAAUACGUUUUAUAUUUGGCACUAAAAUAAAUAAAAUUGCGUAUUCUACCGAGUCCAUGAACUUAUUUACAAGAUAAAGAACCCAUACUAUUACUAAACAAGUAUACAUAAGUAAUA